GUAAAUGUUUUGUAAAGAAAGUUUGGUGUUCUAUGUUGUGUUAUUUACAAUGUCUGGCAUUUAUGGAAAGAAUUCUGCUGACAUUGAUAAACUGACUGUCAGUCGCAAUGUGACUACUGCUUCAGGAUCUAGAUAUUUGUUUUGUUGGUAUACGUUUGCGUAGGAAGCUGGAAACUCUACGGAAGGAGAUGAAGGCCUCACCUUCACAAAUUUUCAAGGAAGCUGAAUCACUGAAAGCUUCUUUAUCAGGUGAGAGCCUAUCAAGUUCUGAUGUCUGGCAAAAGAGGCAAGAAUUGUGUCAUCUAUUUGAAUCACUGCUUUUGAUUGAUUUGGAUUAUGCCUUGGACAAGAAAGUUGAACAGGAUUUGUGGAGUUUUAUUUUCAGAAAUCCAAUAUCAGCUUGCCAGUCAAAGGCUAGAGAACAUAAGAAAUCUAAUAAUACUCAUUCAAACAGCCAGUUGUCAACUCUACUAGAGACAGCUAGUGGGUUUUAUUUGCAACUUCUUCAAAAACUUUGCUGUGCAUAUGAUAUUGAUCUCCCAUGCCAUCCAAGAGACUCAGUUUAUGGAUUGACAAAAGAGUGGAUUAGUCGAUAUCCUGUUGCUCAUCAGCCACGUAAAUCUUCUCUUCUGUACAUUUGUCAGCAUUGUCUUGUGCACUUGGGUGAUAUUGCACGUUAUAGAGGUCAGUCACUUCAAGCUGAAAACUUUUAUCGUCAUGCUGUAGAUUUGGUACCAAGCAAUGGUCAGCCAUAUAACCAGUUGGCUUUGUUGGAAGCAGCUAGUGGAGAGAAACUUUCGACUGUAUUUUUUUAUGUUAGAAGUUUAUCAGUUCAACAUCCAUUUCCAUUAGCUGCCACAAACUUACAAAACCUCUUUUCAAAAAUGUCUUCUGAUGGGAGUUGUCCUGAUGGGAAAAAUCGUAUGACUGCAUUUGAAUAUGUGACGGUGUUCUUACAGUUUCAUGCAGUUGUUCACUUAAAUAAUGAUUUAAAGAAAACGGACCAAAUGAUAAGCAAGCUUACCACAUCUCUUCCUGCCCUAAUUAUAGCAGAAAAAUUUGAAACAUGGCAGUUAGUUCAAAUGGUUGCAGUUUGUUUGUUUGCUAUUGAGCAUGCUUGGGGUUCUAUGGAUAUUGACAAAAAUUCUACAAGUCUCGAUGAAGCAAUGCUUAGUCCUGAAGAACUGAAAGCUUCAUCUCUUAUAGAAGAACUUUUAGCAAGCAUGUUACAUGCAUUUUUGUUACCAGUCCAUGCUUCAUUAGAGCCCAAAGAAACUGCCAGUUAUUAUACACUACCAGCUAUCAAAAUAAUAUUAGACUGGUUUUUACAAGAUCCACAGCUUCUUCAGCAUGAAGCCAUCAGUAAGAGCCCUCAAGUGUGGCAUGGAUUAUGCAAGUUACUGAAUGACCUCGAUGUUGCAGCUAAUGAACCUUUUGAUGUAAAAAAGUUUGAAGAUAUACCACUUCCUGAAGACUGGGAUCUUCAAGCAUUCCUGCCAUUGAAAAAAUCUCAGCGGCGUCUGAAAUUUAGUUUGAAUGCAGCUACACCUAGUGAUGAAGAAUCAAUGUGGUUACGUUCAGUUCGAUUAUGCAAGCUUGGUGAAAGCUUAGCUGGAGGAAAGGAAGGGGUAAACUUGUUAUCUUUGAGUCAUGUGGAAGGAAGGAGAGUUUUUAAAGCCAUACAUCAAACAGAAGCUUUAUCAGAGCAAGUAUUGCAGCAAAUACAGGAGCUUACUGUGAACCCUAGUCCUUCUGUAUCAUCAACUGAUUCGAGUCUUAUAAAUGGAAAUACCUCUGCAACAGAACUUCCUGCUACAUCACUGCGUUCCAAACCUGGGCACGGGGAAGGUGUCCCUCAACAGGAAGUGCGUUUCAAACUGGAUGAUGCUCAGCAGCGUAAGGAAAAAUCUGAUGCUGACCGAGAAAGUCAAACUGAAAAGAAUGAGCGACGUAACAAAGAUACUACUAUGGGAAGUGGAAGAGAAAGGAGGAGUGGACGGCAAAAUGUUGCAAUGCAGGCAAUACUUCAGCAACGUGCUGCUCAAAUUUCAUCCAAUAUUCAUGGAAGAGUGCAAGAAAUUGUCAAAGAAAAUAAUGUGUCAAUGCAUCAAGAGGCAGUUGCUAGGCAAAAUUCUCGUCCACCUAAUCAUGUUGAAAAUGCACAUCACCUGCGUUCCAGUUCUGAAAAUUGUAUAACUUCUCAGGUAGUGAAAGAGCUGAACGUAAGCAGAGCUCCUGUGCAUCAUCUGCCUCCUGAGCAAUAUAACCAGUUUCAGGCACAAACACAUUCUGUGGGUGGACUUCAGCAGUGUGAUAGAACAGAACCAUGGAUUCAGCAGUAUAAUAUUCAUCAGAGUGGAAUAGCGGCUGUUAAUCAAGUUGCCCGUGACAACAAUGCAGUUACUAAUUAUAUUCAGAAUGCUCUCCCUCGAGUAGUCCAAGCACCUGCAUCAAACUUUAAUUUUCCAGCCCCACCUCCUGCACCUCCUCAACAACAGCCCCCACCAAAUCAGAUGAUUAGCAAGCAGGUUACUGCUCCAACUUUCAUUGCCAAUCCUGCUCCUAAUGUUCUUUGGAAUUAUAUGCAGUUUGUUACACCUUACCAACAGACUUGUACAACUAAUCCAGCCCAAGCAGGCACUCAAAUCAUCAUGCAGCAGAGUGCUAAUCAAACACAACAACCACAACGUCAACAGACUGGAUUUUACUUAAUGAAUGGCACACAACACGAUUUGACACAUAUUGAAGCAGCUUCAAACCUACUGCAUGCUUACAGAAAUAAUUCUGGUAAUUCUGCUCUCCUUCAGCAACAAGCUCCAGACAUCAUUAAGGACCAAGUACAAGAACAUCUUGCAAACCAUGCUCGAGUAUGGCAACAAGAUGGUGGAAGAACUGGAGAUAUUACUUCCAGUCACAUAGCAUUAAAUCAGGUUGUGGGACGUCCUGUAGCCCAGACACUUCAAAGCAGUUUGUCUGCACAGCAGAUGCAAGGGGGAGCUGCAACUGUAUCAUCUGCUCUUCCUCAUGAUUUGAGUUCUAACACGUAUUCACUUUUUAAUUCUCCUUGGCCAUCUGGCUUAACCAUGCCUAGAACAAACAAAGAAGCAGGUCAACAUAACAACAUAGAUCCUGUUUUUAUGCAGUCUAGAAUACAGUCUUUGUGGUCUGGACCCGGACCAUCGCCCCUGGAGAGGCUGCUGGAACAGCAAAAACAAAGGCGAGAUGGUGCAACACAGUGAAGUCUGUGGAGAAUCUUUUGAUGGAGAAAAGAAAAUGCAUAUUCUUUCAGUCAUUAAUAGUGGCAUUCACUGGCUAUUUAAUAAAGCCCUCUUUCUGAAGAAAGAAAUGCUGCAUUAACAUCUCAACAUGCGUCCAAACCACGAAAGGGGUAAAGCUGCUGAGAGGUGACGAAUAAUGUAGCACUUUUAAUAAGGCACUGCAUAUUUUGUGCGUCCUUUUUAAAUAAGAUGUGCUUUUCGGGUUGCUGUAUUGUGCAACUGGCUGUGCAUCAAUAUUAUUACUACUACUCUUACUACUCAUACUGCAGAUUGGUUAAGUUUUCUGGUAGUACUGGAGCAGAAGUUUCAUCUUAUGUAUAUCAAAUGCUUAGUUGGCAUUAUGAAAAAAAAAAAAAAAAAAAAAAAAAAAUA